AUGGCGAAACGAAAGUUUGACGAAGUGGAAUAUGGGGAUGAUGGUAUUUCGGAUGACUUAUUAAACGAAAUUGGAGAAGUCUUUGAAAAUCAAUAUGGCAACGAUGUGACAGACUCGCAAAUGGUUCAAUUUGGUCGUGAAUUGGAUCAACAACAAUUAGAUGCCCUCGACAUUGGUUUGGAUGAACACCCUGAGCAAAUUGGUGGUGGUAUGCCCUUGUUUGAAUUUGAUUUUCAAAAAUUUGGUCUCCCCAAGCGGUGGAAGAAAUCAGCGGCGAAUCAACAAAGAUAUCGCGCCACAUUAAAACAGAGGCGUAACCCAACAAAGAACGAUAAUGUGGGAAAAGAAGUCACGGAGGCUUUAGUCAGAUCGAUGAAAGAAACACUCCAUCGCAAAAAAGUUACCGACCAGUGGCAAAACAAAACAUUGAAAGAUACAGAUGAAGUGUUUUUAAACUUUAAAGCCGAGAAAUUUGACCACCAUGUACAAACACAACGCUUUACUGUCGGUGAAAUCAUGAAUGGAAAUGGCGAAGAGCGAUUUGGUGCAUAUAUGAACCAACUGGCCAAUCAACUUAACUCGAAUGAAUCUUUUAGCCCUGAGGAUAAGUUCGCCGUCGACCUCACCAUCGUGCCAAAACCAAAGGAAGGUGGUAAAUCUAAAUUAACAAAGGGAAGACAUAAUAUUGAAGAUGUUCUCCACAACAAACAAUGUGUGUUACCGAUUAAAAAUUCAGAAGACAACCUUUGCCUUGCAAGAGCCAUUUGUCUAACAAAAGCCCACUUGCAUAAAGACGAUGGUGUAGAGGGAAAGCGUUACUAUAAGAAUCUUGGAAAUAAUCCGAAUGUGCUCACCCGAUGCGCCAAAUUCAUUCACAAGCAAGCUGGUGUGCCCGAAGGCUCUUGUGGGCGUGCCGAAUUAGAAAAGUUUCAACAGUACCUGGCGCCCGACUACCAGUUGAAAGUGAUGACCACAUGCUAUCCAUAUUGCAUUACGUUUCAAGGAAACGUGGAAUCGCCAAAGUACAUCAUCCGCCUCCUGUAUCAACCAGAGUACGAAAGCGAUAUGGGUCAUUACCAUGGAUGUACGUCUUACCUCGGAUUCCUGGAAAGAUCGUAUUUUUGUGACACGUGCAACAAAGGCUUUGACCAUGACGACUUCCGCAACCACCCAUGCGAGGGCCGUCGCUGUAAAGCAUGCAAGCAGACCGAAUGUGGUACAAAACCUCACGAACCCUCUCUCCACUGCUCAGCCUGCAACCGCCAUUUUUACAGUCAGAACUGCCUCGCCUUACACCGCGCAAAAAACAUCUGCAUGACCCUAGUACGAUGCGGUAACUGUUGCAAACAAUUUCAGCCAGACCCCCAACAGCUGCACCGUUGUUACUUUGGAAAAUGCUCUAACUGUAAGGAGUACGUGGACCUUAGAGAACACAAAUGCUACAUUCAACCCAUCCCUGAACAAGAAGAUUCACCCAAACGGAAAACGAAAGCCAAAAUCAAGAAGCAUUUAAAAAUAAACCCCGAGGCAUCCGUGUACGAAGAACCAUCCAUCUUCGUCUACGCGGACUAUGAAGCCAUGAUCAGCGAAGACGGAACACACCUACCCAUUUGCGUCUGCGCUCAAACUUCCGAAAACAACACCUCCUACACGUUUUAUGGCGACGAUUGCAGUAAACAGUUUCUGGAAUUCUUGACGAACCUUACCGAAGAUCAGUACAAAGAACCGCGUGAAGUCAUCUGCAUAUUCCAUAAUUUAAAAGGGUAUGAUUCCAUUUUCAUACAGCAUCAGCUUGUGAUAGAAGGAAGAAAAUUCGAUUUGAUGAUUCCUAACGGCACAAAGAUGAUUUCUCUGGAAGCUGGUAAAAUCACAUUUAAAGAUUCCAUGGCUUUUCUUCCCAUGGCUCUGUCUGCAUUUACCGACACCUUUGGUCUCACCGAGUUGAAAAAAGGCUUCUUCCCACACAAGUUUCAUACGCAAGAAAAUCGAAGUUAUGUGGGUCCGUUACCUGAAGUUUCUUACUAUGAUCCGGAGGGAAUGUCGAGUAAGAAAAAAGAAGAAUUCGAAGUGUGGUAUAGAGAAGAAGCAGCCAAACAACACCCAUUUGAUCUCAAAGAAGAACUGCUUGCAUACUGUCACUCAGAUGUUGCGUUACUGAAAGCUGGAUGUCACAAAUUCAUCCAAGAAUUUAAAAGCAUCGCCGGUUUCAAUCCUAUGGAAAAAUGCGUUACGAUCGCCGCAGCGUGUAACCGUUAUUGGAGGAGGAAACAUUUACCCUUAGAUCUCAUAGCAGUAGAACCUUCAUCGGGGUGGCGAGGUGCCCGUAUGAAUCACUCCAAAGCAUCUUUGGAAUGGUUGAUGUGGCAAGAAUACAAUACCGGAAGUCGAAUUCAGCACGCACGUAACGGUGGAGAGUAUCGUAUCCCUGUUGGCCCUACCUCGUACUUCGUGGAUGGUUACGAUGCACAGACCCGCACAGUCUACGAAUUUUACGGAUGCCUCUAUCAUGGUUGUCGUACCUGUUACACCAAUCGCAAACAAAUUCCGUUCUGUUCCAAUGGGUUGACCGUAGAAGCCUUACGCCAACAGACCAGUCAGAAAAUUCAAAAACUCCGCGGUAAAGGGUAUCGAGUGGUGGAAAUCUGGGGGUGUGAAUGGGAGAAAGAGAAGAAAGAAACACCAGCCAUUACCGAAUUUCUAAAAGAUUUGGAUAUCGUCCCUCCUUUGAACCCAAGAGAAGGUUUUUACGGUGGUAGAACGGGCGCCGCCUGCCUGUACCAUAAAGUAAAUGAAGAAGAAAGAGAAGAAAUCCGCUACAUCGACGUAACGUCUGAGUACCCCUACGUAAACAAGUAUGGUACGUACCCUGUAGGCCACCCGGACAUCUAUUUGGAACCAGAGAAUCAAGACCCUAGAAGUUACUUUGGCUUGAUGACUGUGGACAUCACACCACCCGCUGACAUGUAUAACCCAGUCUUACCUUACCGUCAUAAAAUUGGAAACUCCUACAAGCUGACCUUCCCGUUAUGCCGUAAGUGUGUAGAAAUAGAGACACAGAAAGAACACAUGCUGGAACGCGACUAUCACUGCCCACACAGUGAUGAAGAACGAAUGUUACGAGGCACCUGGUGUACCCCAGAGAUACAUAAAGCGAUCGAAAAAGGAUACCGACUCGUCCGAAUUCAUGAAGUAUGGGACUUCCCGCAGCGUCGAAAAGGUCUGUUCCAGCCGUACGUGGACACCUGGUUAAAAAUUAAGCAAGAGAGCGGUGGCUACCCAAACUGGGUGCGGACCGAUACUCAAAAAGAAAAAUACAUUCAUUGCUAUGAAGAAAAAGAAGGUAUCCGACUCGACCCUACCAAGAUCGUCAAGAACCCCGGAAGAAAAGCCACGGCUAAACUCAUGCUUAACUCCUUCUGGGGGAAAUUUGGCCAACAAAACAAUAAAUCGAAGACCAAACAAUGCACGCAACCCUACGAACUCCUAGAUCUGCUUGACGACCCUCUCUUCACCGUGACAGACAUCCGUAUUCUUAAUUCCGAAGUAAUAGAAGUAUCAUACAAACGCGAUGAAGAAGAUCCUUACAAAGGGAGCAAUACUAAUAUUUUCAUCGCAGCAUUUACCACCUGUUUGGCCCGCCUUAAAUUGUACGAAUCGUUGGAGAAGUUGGGUGACCGAGUCUUAUAUUACGAUACAGACUCGGUCAUAUAUACAUGGAAACCGGGGCAGACAGAAAUCGAGCUUGGCGACUACCUCGGCGACAUGACCAACGAGCUUGACAAUGGCGACUUUAUUGUAGAAUUCAUCUCCGCAGGUGCGAAGAACUAUGGGUAUCAAACAAAGAAUGGUAAAGUGGUGUGCAAAGUAAAGGGAUUCUCGCUGAAUGUACGUGGUGCCAAACAGCUAAAUUACGACAUCAUCCGCCAAAAUAUUUUGGAUGAGGUUCUUCACCCGUUAGAUGAACAAAGAAAAACGCUGGUAGUCAACCCGACCCACUUUGUCAGAAACCCCACUUUGAAAAAAAUCAAGACUGAGACUCAGACUAAGUCGUAUCAACUCGUGUUCGACAAGCGAGUUUUAGAUCAUUCGCACGGUUUUAAGUCUUAUCCUUACGGAUAUUCGCGACUGGAUGCACAAGAUUUGGAGAACAUGGACUUGUUGCUUUUAUAA